UGCCCAGGCGUUUACAUUGUAUCAUAGAUUGCCAGUAUCUGUUAUUGUAUCACUCCACAUAAAUCGCUAGCUAAAUUGUAUCAAUCUUUACCUACUUGAAAUGAGGUUACGCCUGUCAAUCACGCACUCCUGCUCAUGACAACAGUCAAUAAGCAGCAGUACCCUGAAGCUAUGGCGGACGAUUUGGACGAAUUGCUAGAUGAGGUUGAAACAAAGUUCUGUCGCAAUGUUUCAUUGACGCCACAACUUCAAGCUCCCUCAAAUUUAUCGACGGCUGGGAAAUGUUUAACCCAAACUGGGAAAGAAAGAAAACUCUGCACCACUGACGAUACACCCAGAAAAACGGACAGAGAAGAUAUAGAUGCCCUUCUUGAGGACAUACUUGACGAUGAUUUCGAUUCCCUUGCGCUAAACACUGGACAGCUUCCUAAAAUGACGAAGACAUUGCCACAGUCCACAAGAAAAUGCUGCCCAGUUUUCCUUGGUGGAAGCUCCAUUGAAAAUGGUGUAGGAACAGCUGUUUCACAAAGGUCGUGUGAUCAGCUGAGAUGUAUCUUCUGUGACUUUCGGGUGGCCAUGUUUGACGAUCAUGAAUGGGACCCCUCUUGUGAUUACCUCUUCUUCAGGAACAACAUGCCAGACUGUCAGAAGCUGCGGGCUAAGCUGAGGAGAAGAAAAGGGGCGCGGGCGUACGCCUGCCAGUGUAGCUGGCACUCUGCUCGAGACCUCACCGACCUGAGAGAACAGCACCAGCUCAAGUGGGUCUGUGGGAAGCAUGAACUGGUCAUUCUGUGCAGUGGAGAAGCGAAGGUGGUUAAGACCGUUGGGCCAGUAACCGAAAGGUCGCUGGUUUGAAUCCACACGCUAACGAGGUGAGAGAGAAAAAUAUGUCUGCGCUCUUGAGCAAGGCAAUUAAACAUAAUUGCUCCUGUUUGUCUUUCUGGAUAAUAACAACUGCUAAUAUGUAAAUGAAUCUGUUUUAUAGUUCUCAUUUCACUGCUAUGUUUGAUGAAAAGCUAGUAAUUUGUUAUGUCAUCGUAGUCACUGUCAGAAAGAGACUGGUCCGGGACUUCCUUCACGGUAACAUCACCAAUCCCCUCUUCAUCUUGGACUUCUAUGUUCUCAUAAAGCUCAGAGGAAGAUGAGCUGCUUGAAUCUUCUGUAUAAAGGACUCACAUUACCAUUUACAUACAUCCACAAUAAGCUACAUGUUUUCAGCAAUUUGCAUCUACAAUACCUUCAGAAAGUAUUUACACCCAUUGACUUUUUCCAUAUUAUGUGGUUACACAGCCUUAAUUUAAAAUGGAUUCAAUUUAGAUUUUGUGUCACUGGCCUACACACAAUACCCCAUAAUGUCAAAGUGGAAUUAUGUUUGUAGCAACACUAUGUGCAAUAAUAGUGUUCAACAUGAUUUUUGAAUGACUACCACAUGCAAUUAUCUGUAAGGUCCCUCAGUAAAGCGGUGAACUUCAAACCGAUUCAACUUCAAAGACAUUCUAGGUUUUCCAUUGCCUCGUAAAGAAGGGCACCUAUUGGUAGAUGGUUAAAAAAUACAAAAGCACACAUGGAAUAUCCCUUUGAGAAUAGUGAAGUUUUUCAUUACACUUUGGAUGGUGUAUCAAUAUACCCAGUCACUACAAACAUACAUCCUUCCUACUCAGUUGCUGAAGAGGAAGGAAACCGCUAAGAGAUUUCACCAUGAGGCCAAUGGUAACUUUAAAACAGUUACAGAGUUUAAUGACUGUGAUGGGAGAAAACUGAGGAUAGAUUAACAACAUACUC